AUGGGGGUGCGUGGUUACGCGGGAUGGCAGCAUCUGAGAUCUGACUCUUACAAACGUGAGGAGUCGCGAUGCUGCCCCCGAGCCGGGCCGCGCAGUCCUACCGCAAGCUCAGCCGCCUGGGUCGCCCCGGCCGUCCGCGGUCCCGUGUGUCCCGGCCCCGCGCCCCGCGGCCGUCCGGGCCACAGUCGGAGCGCAGCGCAGCUAGGACGUCCCCAGACCCGGCGGACCGGUCUGACCUGUCCCGCUGGGGGCGGGGGGCGGGGGGCACCACCCCCCCAGCCCUGGCCCACGGAGGCGGCAGGUACCGGCCCUGCCCUGGCUCUGCCCGCCUCUCCCGGGGCCGCGGAAGCGGGGACCAGCGCGGCAGCUGGUCGCGCACGGUCUCCAGCGCCCGGUGUGGAACUGUUCAACCCAAAACACGAUCACCAACCACUGACAUGUUUUAAGAAACGCUACAGUUGGAUGACUGCGGAACCCAAACAGACCAAAUGGGAGGCAAGAAGGGAAAGCAAUUGGCCCAAUUCGGUUGGAGCGGCGGCUCGUGUUACACUCCCUUUGCCAGUUAGCGGCGUGGGCGUUUGUUGCUGUGUUAAUUACAGUUCUUCCCGGAGUCGGAGGCGAGAACAGCCCUUGUGGAACCGUUUCAAGUGGAACGUUCCACCAGGAGGAAAACAACUGCCUUCCUCCCCAUCUGGGCGGGAUUCCACCCCGCAGCUCUCGGCGAAAGCCGAGCCGGAGAUGUUGCUGAAUGUGCACAGGGUCGGGUCGUAUCGCUGGUGCUGGAGGAGUCAGGAUUCCUGGACACGGUGGCCCCGCUCCAGAGUCCACGGUGCAGCCCAGCCCUACGCGGCCUGUAAAGUGAUAACGUCCAGAGGCCUUCCACCACAGCCCAGUCCAUUCCAGCCAAGAAAAGAAUCAAUGUUUCUGAUUCUCCUGUGUGAUCCCAGUCACAGCUUUAACCAGAGGUCCCUGUGCAGGUGGAAGGAGAAGACUGCUUUUGAUUCUUCCAGACAGAGGCUGUGGCUCCUUCCUGGUCCAUGUGCUUCCGUCCUUUGAAAGCUUGCUUUGAUGCCCUUGGACCAGAGCAGCCUAUAAAGAUAUGCUUGGACUUAAAGCACAAUUGCUUCUUCCUAGACAUGAGCUUUGGAGAAUUGAGUAACCUCGAGCUGGAAAGCAGUACACUUUGAAGCUUUAGAUCUUGUGUUAUUGUGAAGUCCAACUCUGGGAGCCAGUGUAACAUACUGAUUUCAGACCUGAGCACUGGGGUAAGACUGUGUGUGUCAAAAUCUUUAAUCCUUAGAUAAAUGACUUAAUCUCCCUUAGCCUCAGUUUCCUUAUCUGGAAAGUGAGGUUAAUAAAAUCUUUGCCUCAUAAAGAUUAGUUUCAGAAUUAAAUGGUAUUACAUGCUCAGCUAGAAAUUAUAGUAGGUACCCCCCAAAAUAUUUGCUACUAUUACAAGUUGAGUAUCCUUUAUCCAAAAUGCUUAGGAUCAGAAAUAUUUCAAGUUUCAGAUUUUUUAAAACUUUGGAAUACUUUCCUAUAUAUUAUAAGAUGUCUUAGAGACGGGUCCCAAGUCUCAACCUGAAAUUCAUUUAUGUUUCAUGUAGACCUUGAAGGUAUAGCUUGAAGGUAACAUCAUACAAUUAUAAAAUGUGUUUUGACUGUGACCUGUCACAUGAAAUCAAGUAUGGAAUUUUCCACUUGUGAUGUCAUGUCAGGGCUUAAAAAGUUUUGAAUUUUGGUGCAUAUCAGGCUUUGGAUAUUUGGACUAUGGAUGCUCAAUGUGUUUUACUAUUAAAAUUGA